ACCACCGUCCCGGCCCAAGCCACCGCUCACCACCUAAAAACUCCAAAUUCAGCUUCUGAUUCUUGGAAUUCCCAAAUUUUCCCAGAGCUCAAUGUUUUUCUGUGCUCUCAUCUCUUCUUGAGAAAUAAAUCAAUCAUGUACAGAUCCUCAAUUCUCGUCCCCGUCGUCACCCUCCUUGUCACCGUUCCUCUGCUUUUCCUCUUGGCUCCCAGAAUUCUUCCUCCGCGCCGUCUCUCCAUCACCGCCCCCGACGAGCUCGACGAUCUCUCCCUCUUCGAGAAGGCCAUCGUCGCCCAGACCACUUUCCCCAAACGCCCCUCUCGCGGCGGCCCUUCCAACAAAUUCCGGCUCGGAUCCACCGCCACCCGCCGCCCCAAAAUCGCCUUCCUCUUCCUCACCAACACUGACCUCUACUUUGCCCCGCUUUGGGAGCUCUUCUUCAAUGGAACCCCACCCGUGGAUCCGCAUUUCUACAACAUCUACAUCCACGCCGACCCGACUGUCCCCAUUUCCCCUCCCGGGGGCGUCUUCAAGGAUCGGUUCAUCCCGGCUAAACGGACCCAGAGAUCCUCUCCCACUCUCGUCUCCGCCGCGCGCCGCCUCAUCGCCACCGCAAUGUUGGACGACCCGGCGAACGAGUUCUUUGCGCUCAUAUCCCAGCACUGUAUACCCCUCCACUCCUUCGGUUACUUUUACAAUUUUCUCCUUGAUACCCGUAAGCUCUCCCACCAAAUGCAGUACCCUAGCUACAUAGAGAUCUCGUCCGAUUCGCCCUUUCUGUGGCGCAGGUACAUUGCCAGGGGAGAAGACGUGAUGGAGCCGGAGGUCCGAUUCCAGGAAUUCCGGAUCGGGUCCCAAUUCUUCGUCCUCACCCGCAGGGACUCUUUGCUGGUGAUCAAAGAUCGGCGGCUUUGGAGGAAAUUCAGGAAACCCUGCAUAGACAUUGAAUCCUGCUACCCGGAGGAACAUUACUUCCCAACCCUAAUCUCAAUGCAGAAUCCAAAUGGGUCGGCGGGCCACACAUUAACCCGGGUGAAUUGGACCGACUCAGUGGACGGGCAUCCCCACACCUACCACCCUCAGGAGGUCUCGCCGGAGCUUAUAUACACUCUCAGGAAAUCGAACUCCACUUAUUCGUAUAUGUUCGCCAGGAAAUUCUCUUCGGAUUGCCUCAAGUCCUUGAUGGAAAUGGCGGAUUCAGUGAUCUUCAAAGAUUAGAUUUUUUUCCUUCCCCGGAGUCAGCUGAGAAGGAAUUUUAUUGAGGUGGUUGUGAUGGCAAUUCAGGCACUCUUGGACACAGGUUUGAUUGGUGGGGUUUUUUCAACAACAAAAAAAAAAGAAAAAAGAAAAAGAAACCCCUCACAGCCAAAGUGAAUUGUGUAUCUGAAGCCUGGAAAGAGCUUUCCAUCAAAGAAAGAAGAAAACUGAGGGAACAAACAAAGAAUACAAAAGUGCAGAGUAAAAGUAGUAGUAGUCAAGAAGAAGCAUGGGAUGUAAUGUUUGGAUGUCUGUUGAUAUGGGUUUUCUUCCCCUUUGUGUUUUUAAUUAACUGUUAUGUACAUAUAACUUUUAUGUAUGGGUUUUUUCUUCUGUCUUCAAUGUCAUUGUUAAGCAGAUGACACUAUUAGCUACUUAAAAUUUUAAAACUACUGCAAUUUUAGUAUUCUU